GCACAGUAAAUAGCGGUAGUGGCAGUAGAGUGAGGAGGCAUGAGCUGUUGGUGUGUUCAGUAUAUGUACAAACUGGUCCCCACCACCCAUGUGCCCUCCUCCUGUCUCCACCAGCUCCUGCCGCUCAAUCAUUAGAACCCUGUUUCCCUUCUUCUCUCUGGUUUUUUUUUUCCCUUCUUUUUUUCUCCUUUCAUACCCUCCCUCCCUCAUUAUCCGCUUCUUUUCACCCGCCCAAUGUCGACGUCGGUGGAGGCCAACGCCGGAGCUUUAAUCGACCCGCAACAGCUCCCUUCCGCCGGGAAUGGGUCUUUGGCAGUAGUAGUCAAGAAACCGCCCGCUAAGGACCGCCAUAGCAAGGUCGACGGCCGGGGGAGGCGCAUACGGAUGCCCAUCGUUUGCGCCGCUAGAGUUUUCCAGCUCACGCGGGAGCUCGGUCACAAGUCCGACGGCCAGACCAUCGAGUGGCUUCUCCGCCAAGCUGAGCCUUCCAUUAUAGCCGCCACCGGCACCGGAACUAUCCCGGCGAGUUUCUCCACUAUUUCCGCCUCCCUCAGGACCUCCUCCUCCACCGCCCCUUCUCUAUCGGCCUCGUUCGACCACAAGCCCAUGGCUCCCGCGCCCUUCAUUCUCGGGAAGCGGCUGCGGGCCGAGGAGGAUGGUCUGGACGACGGCGGGAACAAGGAGGAUGUCGCGGGCGCGGCCACGGUUGUGGGCUCGGCCGCAGCAGGGUUCUGGGCGCUUCCGGCUCGGCCGGACUUUGGACAGGUCUGGAGCUUCGCGGCGGCCGCUCCUCAUGAGAUGGCGGUGCCGACAACGGCGGCGGCUGCGUUGAAUUCGCGGUUUUUCCAGCAGCAGAUGGGCGAAGCCUCGGCAGCUAGGGUUGGGAAUUACUUGCCCAUGGCACAAGGGCACCUCAAUUUGCUAGCUUCUCUUUCCGGUACUCCGCCCCCUUCUUCCGGGAGAAGAGACGACGAUGACGCACGUUGAAGCAAAUUCCGGCUGUUUGGUGUUAAUAUGACUAUAUAUAUUUGUGCCUUGUUGUUCUGUAGAUGAUGAGAGAACUGUUAAUUUUAGAUUUAGGGUUCUAGCGAGUGAUUGAUGAUGAUAUGAAAUUAGGGUUUGUGAAUUCCAUGAAUUUACCAUUAGAAACUUAGGGGGUUUGCUUCAUUGCAUUGCUUAUCUGUCCAUUUUUUUUUUUUUUCCAGUUUUGAGUGUUGUAUUUGUUGGAUGAAGAAGAGGAACUGAGGAAGAGACGAGAGAUAAUCCAGUCGGUCGGGGAUGCAUUUUGUGUUGGAAUGGUGGCUGGGAAAUUCUGCCUUUCCGGCACAAUAGAUCAUAAUAAAUUGCUUGUUAGGUUCAGUCAUUAGAUAUACUAGUUCUAAUCAUGCUGAACGAAUGCCUUGUAAUGAAACCGUGGAGGUUUCAAAUCAAUUGAAUUCUGUAAUUUGUUGAAGACUCUCUUUGCACGGUUACAGUAUAUAUAUAUAGUGUGUGUGUGAUUUUAGACUUCCA